AUGUCGACUACAUCUACCCUCGAAUUCUCUAAUUUGCCCACCGAUGCAAUUGGGAAAAUCAUUGAGAAAUGUGAUCUCAAAGAGCAAUUGGCUCUCCGAAAAGUGUCGAAAGACCUGCGUUCUCUUGUCGAUAAACAGAAAAUUGCAUACAAAUCGAUCGAGAUCAAUCCGAGAGAUUUGUAUAUCUUUUGUGUGUAUAACGGCAAAAACGUUGUGUAUGCAGGCAUGAACUUUGAUGAGAAGAAUGCAUUUGGUUUCAAUUAUAAGGGAUGCUUUAUCAGAAGCGACGAUCAUGAGAAAAUCGCUUUGAAUGAUGUGUCGAUUGCACUGAAUAAUCCAAAAUUGCGAUUGGAUGUGCUGACAGUCGGCUAUUACUACAUUGAUGUAAUGAAUUCAUUCAGUUUGAAGAGCCUUCUGAAACAGAUGAACCAUCAAAUACACGUCAAAACAUUGACAUUCCGUGCGGGAAGUCCGGAAUUUCUUCUAUCGAUUCUCCCCUUUCUCAAACCGAAAGCGCUCGUGAAUAUCGAAAUUGACGGAGUAUACGUGGAUGACGAUUGGGCACUGGAAAAAGUCAGACAAGUCGCAAGUCUGGAGCAAUGGAAACAAGCGGAACAACUCACUGCUCACUAUUGUUUCCAUUACUUCCCAUCCGAAUUUCUCAUGCAUUUCAAACGUUUUGUGAUCUUAGAGUGGGAUGUCACAGAGCAAUUCUUGAUAAACCUCAGAGAUUUAUUCUCCACGUCUACCAACUUCGAGUCAUGCACUGUCGAAUCAGAUCUCGACGACAGCUCUGAAUACCUAGAAUCGUUCUGUGAGCAAGUCGAUACCGGAGAUGAAGACGUUCUCCUCUACAACUACAAGAUUCCUGACGAUUCAAACCAGAUGUUGGAGUUCAAAUUGGAUUAUGAUCAACAGAAAAUGAUAAUAUCGAAGAAGAGUUUGUAA